AUGAAGUCUCAGCCCCUAACCCCUAAAGAAUCUCUAACGAACACCCUCACCUUCGAAAAAAAGAACAAAGACAUGCUCAAACUCCCCAAACACGCCCGCGUGCAAAAACGCCCGAUCCCCCACCCCCCAAUCGCAUCCCCCUAUGCCAGCGCCACCGUCCCCAAAACAGUCUACGUAUCCACCAACACGCCCUUCAUGAGCGCCGUGAAACGCGUGCAGAAGUUCCUCCAGCAAGCUGAGAAACGCGCAACCGCAUCGGUGGACCUGUCGAACGGGAAAAAGAGGGAUCAGCAGAAGUUGGCUCAGAUAGCACGCGGGCAGGAGGAGUUGAGGAAGGAAGUAGUGUUUGUAAAGGCGACGGGGAGGGCGAUUGAGAAAGCGCUUAGUGUGGGGAAGUGGUUUGAAGAGAGAGAGGGAGAGUAUGUUGUCAAGGUGGAGACGGGGGCUGUGCUUGUCGUUGAUGAUGUUGUGGAGGAUGAGGGGAGGAAGGCGGCUUUAGAGAGGAGGGUGCAGGAGGGUGCUGAGCAGGUUGGAGGUGAGGGGGUUGUAUCAAAGUCUGCGGCGAAGAGACGCAGAAGGGCUGCUGAUGCUUUGGCGGCGGCUGAGGGGGAGGAGUUGCCUGAGACGAGGACGCGGUGGGUGAAUAAGGUUGAGGUUUCGAUUACCUUCAAAUGA